UCUUCCCAGUGCAAGAUCCUGCGUUGCAACUCGGAAUACGUGGCUGCCACCCUCAACCUGCGCGGCUCCAACCGGAACGCCGCGUACUGCAACGCUCUCCGCUCCUACUCCCACUGCACCCGCAAGACGGCUCGCACGUGCCGGGGUGACCUGGCUUAUCACUCCGCCGUCCACGGCAUCGAGGACCUCAUGAUCCAGAACAACUGCUCUAAGGAAGGUCCCACUUCACCACCCCGGCCCCGGCCCCAAGCUCCCAACCAUCAGGGCUUCGAGUCUCUCGAUAUUUGCAACUAUGAGAAGAGUUUUCUCUACAAGCACGGCCAGCCCCCCAGCUACCAGCACUGCGCGGCUUUCGGGGACCCCCAUAUCCGCACUUUCCAUGAUGAUUUCCACACUUGUCGAGUGGAGGGCUCCUGGCCUCUCUUGGACAAUGACUACUUGUUUGUGCAAGCGACCAGCUCUCCAGUGACAAAGGGGUCCAACGCAACCGUCACUAACAAGCUCACCAUCAUCUUCAAGAACAUGAAGGAAUGCAUCGACCAGAAGGUCUACCAGGCAGAGAUAGACAACCUCCCGGCAGCCUUUGAGGACGGCUCGGUGAACGGGGGUGAGAGGCCCGGCGGGAGCAGCUUGGCUAUCCGGGAACGCAGCCCCGGGCAGCACGUGGAGAUCCGUGCAGAAUACAUCGGCACCACCAUCGCCGUCCGGCAGGCCGGCCGCCAGCUCUCCUUCUCCAUCCGGGCAGCUGAGGAGGUGGCACAGGCCUUCACGGAGGAGCAAGACCUGCAGCUCUGCGUGGGUGGUUGUCCCCGCAGCCAGCGCAUCUCCCGCAGCGAGUGCUGCCCCGGCCGAGCGGCGGGGGGGCCGGCGCGGGGGCCGCUUUUUUCCCGCAGCGAGUGCUGCCGCGGCCGAGCGGCGGCUGAGACGGCUCGGGCACUCUGCAAGGAGAUGUUGCCCGUGGAGGACGUCUACUUCCAGUCAUGUGUCUUCGAUGUGGUGACCUCGGGAGAUGCCAACUUCACCAUGGCAGCUCGUGGAGCCCUGGAAGAUGCCAGGGUCUUCCUUCCCAACUCUGAGAAACUGCACAUCUUCCAGGCUGGGGCAAGUUGCCCUCACGUCUCCCCUUCCUUCCUCCUCCUCCUCCUCACCUCAGGUCUUUGGGUUGUUUUGUUGCACUUUUAA